AGACGGAGGAGAGAGGGAGGUCUGUGCUGCUGUGGUCGAUAAACGAGCAACAAGUCUGCUAGAGUGAAACUGUGAAUUAAAGAAAUAAAACGCGAACUACGACUGGUUGGAUUAAAAAGAACUUUUAAUUACGAGUUCCUACUUGGAUUUAGCAGCUAGAGGAGUUGGCGGACGGCUCAGGAACAGAGUGAAGUUGUCAUGGCUGGCAUGUUUACUGAGCUGCCCUCCUAGACUUGCUUUAUAUAUACACGUACCCUAAAAUCUCUGCAACUCACACAAACACACUCACUGUGACUCGUGGUGUGUGUGUGAGGGAUGACAACCUCCCAUCUGAACGGCCAUGUUGCUGGGGAGGGAGGAGGAGGAGGAGGAGGAGGAGGAGGAGGAGAUGAAGAGCUGAGGGGAGGACAGCAGCACCGAGAAAUGGCUGUGGACUGUCCGGGAGACCUGGGGAGUCGAACGCUACCGGUCCGACGAUCUGCACAGCUGGAGAGGAUACGACAGCACCAGGAGGAUCUUCGGCGUCGUAGAGAGGAGGAGGGUCGGCAGCUGGACCUGAACGCCUCGCUCAGACUCAGGAAGCUCUCCCAGCAUCCCCACGUCGGCAUCGACAACCCCACAUUCCUGCAAGACUCAUACACACCGCAGCAACCAGCACUCAGCAGCCAGCACACACAUCCGCUGCUGGAGUUAGAGGAGCUGCUGCUGUCACUGAAGCAGGUCCGGAGCUGCCUGUCCGACCAGCAGAGUCAGAAUGACAUAGAGCUGGUUCUUGCACUACUAAACAAGUCUGACUUCCAGUCAGCGCUGAAGAUCCAUAAUGCCGUGGCCAACAGCAUGCACCGACCCUCUCCUCCAUACCCGCACACACACCAGGCACUUCAGCUGGCCAUGGAGGCCAGGAAUCUCAUCCAGUCAAGUCAGAACAAAGAGGGACUCGAACUCUACAGCCUACUGUCAGACACACACAUCCAGUCACUGCUCCUGGCCCAUGACAGCAUAGCAGAGAUGGAAAUGCAGCCUGAGUCGUUGCCCACCCAAGGAGAAACACUGACCCAGUGGGGAGGAGAGACUGUCAAGAUAGUUCGCAUAGAGAAAGCCCAAGACAUACCACUGGGGGCAACUGUCAGAAAUGAAAUGGACAGUGUUAUCAUCAGUCGUAUUGUUCGGGGUGGAGCAGCUGAAAGGAGUGGACUUUUAUCAGAAGGAGAUGAAAUACUGGAGAUAAAUGGCAUAGAGAUCAGAGGGAAAGAUGUCAACCAAGUCUUUGAUAUUCUUGCGGACAUGCACGGCCUCCUGACCUUUGUGCUUAUUCCCAGCACUCAGAGCAAACCUCCUCCUGUCAAAGAAUCUGUGGUUCAUGUGAAGGCACAUUUUGACUAUGACCCAUCAGAUGACCCGUAUGUGCCGUGCAGAGAGCUGGGCUUGUCUUUCCAGAAAGGAGAUAUUCUCCACAUUAUCAGCCAGUCAGACCCCAACUGGUGGCAGGCCUACAGGGAUGGAGAUGAGGACAACCAGCCCUUAGCUGGACUGGUACCAGGGAAGAGUUUCCAGCAGCAGAGAGAAGCAAUGAAACAGACCAUAGAAGAAGACAAGGAGCCUGAGAAGUCAGGGAAGCUGUGGUGCGCAAAGAAGAACAAAAGGAAGAGAAAGAAGCUGCUGUACAAUGCUCACAGGAAUGAUGAUAUUGAUAAUGAGGAGAUUCUCACCUAUGAGGAGAUGGCUCUAUACCACCAACCAGCCAAUAGGAAGCGGCCGAUUGCUCUGAUUGGUCCAACCAGCUGCGGGCAGGCAGAGCUUCGACAGAGACUGCUCAACAGUCAACAAGAACGGUUUGCUGGAGCUGUACCCCACACCACGCGGAGCCGUCGAGAUGGUGAGCUGAGUGGUCGAGAUUACCACUUUGUGUCUCGUCAGACCUUUGAGGCAGAAUUGGCAGCAGGAAAGCUGAUCGAGUCUGGCGAGUUUGAGAAGAACCUGUACGGGACAAGUACAGACUCAGUGAGACAGGUCAUCAACACUGGAAAAAUCUGUGUGCUCUGUCUGCACACACAGGCUCUAAAGGUGCUGAGGAGUUCAGACUUAAAGCCUUACAUCAUCUUCAUAGCUCCGCCCUCCCAGGAAAGACUCCGAGCUCUGUUGGCUAAAGACAACAAGAACCCCAAGCCCGAGGAGCUGCGGGACAUCAUUGAGAAAGCGCGGGAGAUGGAGCAGAGCUGCGGUCACCUGUUCGACGCUGUCAUCGUCAACACGGACCAGGACAAAGCCUACAACGAGCUGCUACGACUCAUCAACAAACUGGACACUGAACCCCAGUGGGUGCCCUGCUCCUGGCUGCGUUGAACACACACACACACAUUCACACACCAAUCAUAGAGCGACAGUGGAGUACACAUCUAUAGAGACUCAACCAACUGGAACCUGAAAUAACUGUGCGAGAGUUACAACCAACUAUUAGGGUUACUGUUUGGAGAAAACUGACAUGAGAUUUUGAGAGUUGCAAUGUUGUGAUAUAAAGCUGACUUUUUAUGGGAAAACAUCACAAUAUUAAAGGUACACUAUGCAGGAUUUUCCUCAAAACAAUAGAGAUUCAAACAAAAGUAAUCUUCUGUAUUUGGAGCUGGACGGUUCAUUAGGUGUGCUGUUGGAAUAUAUAUAGCCUACCAUUCAGUUACUCAUUACGCCACACUCACAGAGCAGAGCUUGGACACAGACGUAGCAGCAGAACACAAGCGCAGUGAAAGUGAAACUUAACCAUUGUGCAGGGUGUAGAGGUUUGCUUUCACUUCGAAGCAACUGCUCCUCUUAUCUGUUGAUCUGAUCUGAUCAGCUCUGAUGGAAUGGAAUGGUCAGUUAUCCACCCUUGACUCAAAACUCUCCAAACUGCUGCUGAGGAAAAAAGAAGAGUUCCACCUGUUUACAAACCCUAACCAACAACCCCUGCAUUGUGUACCUUUACAACAUAAAGUUGUCGUUGUAGUUGAAAAAGUCAUAAUAUUAUAAGAUAAAUUCAUGAUUUUAUGGGAAAAAACUAUAAAGAUAAUGUAAUUUAAUGAGGAAAAUUAGAACAUUCAUUCAUUUUCAUUCAUUAGUCACUUAUUGUGAUAAGGGUCAUGGGGGAGCUGGAGCUGACAUUGGGCGAGUGCUGACACGUAGAGACAGACAACCAUUCACGCUCACAUUCACACCUAUAGGCAAAGUAUAGUCACCAAUUAACCUGCAUGUCUUUGGACUGUGGGAGGAAGCCAGAGAAAACCCACGCUGACACAGGGAGAACAUGCAGAGUGGAGUCUUUCAAAUAAUAACAUUAUGAAAAAAUUUGUUCACAAGAAAGUCAGACUAUAGUGAGAAUAAGUUGUAAAAGACAACUCUUAAUGUAAUCAGAUUAAGUUGUAAAUUUACUUGAAAAAUUCCAAAAUAAAAUUAGGGAUUAAGUUGUGAUUUCACUUGAAAAAAAAGGUCAUAAUAUUCUAGAGAAAGGUUUUUUUUUUGUUUUUUUUUUUAACAAAAUGAUAUUAUCAGUUUGCAUAGAUUAGAUUGCAUAUGCAUGUUAAUUUAUCUGUCUCUUUUCUAUGAGAGGCAUCAGCAUCUCUAUCAGAAUGAGUUUAGUCAUGAGCAGAACAUUAAUCUUCACUCAGUACACACCACACUACUCUGACAGUUGAUUGUGUCUGCCUUUCAUCACAAAGCCUACUGGAUUAUAUUCUUCUCUGAUGCUGAGAACACUUCGGCGUAGCUGUCUGGAGGAAGAGUCCCAACUCCAGCAGCUACCUCCAACACAUCCAGUUUUAUGACUUACACUUCAUGUAACUGGUUUCAGUUCAUUUCAGUAUCCUGCAAGAUGUGAUAUUAAUGUGCUUACUGGUGGAACCUGUAACUUCAGGUCAUCACAUUCCCUCAUUUGACACAUAAAAGACUGCCCUCAUCUGUUUGCUAUGGCUGACUAUGAAAAUAAGAUCUUAUAAUUCUACAACUUCAGUUUGAAUGAUAUUAGAAUUAGUUCUAAAAUUACAGUAUUAUCCCAUAAUAUUAGGACUCUUUCUUGUAAAUCUUUAUCUUAAUUCUGUUACUCUAUUCAUAACAUGGAACAUUUUGUUCUCAAAGUAACCUUUUUCUCUUGAUAUUACUUCUCAAAAUAUGACUGUAUUUCUAGUACAAUUAGGACUAUAUCUCAAAAAAGCACAACUCUGUCCUUACAACUUUAUUCUUGUCAUUUUAUGACUCUUUUCUGUAAAAUCUGGUUUUUUGAAUGAUGACUUUUUUGUAAUUCUACAACUUUAAUUAUAAUAUACAACACUGUAUUUUCUUCGUAAAAAUUAUGACUUUAUAUCUGUUAGAUUUUUCCAGUAAAAUCACAAUUUAUUUGUUGAAACAUUACAACUUCUUGUAAUUAUAACUUUAUUCUCAUAACAUUGUGACUUUUUUCUCAGAAUCUCAGGUUAGUGUUUUUCUUAACAUUGACCCUAAUACUCUGUUGUACUGCAGAAACUAGAUACUCAGCAUCUUUUAGAAUGUAUUCACCUGUUGGCACUGGUAAUGACACACACAUGCAAUCUAAACUUUUGUGCAUUGCGUGUUCUUAAAGGGAGAAAACCCUCAACUAAGUGAUCUUACAUCGUGCCUAACUGGUCCUAAGUGUUUGUAUCCAGCAGUGACACUUAUAUGUCUUUUUCUUAUCAUCACAAUUCUUAGUGAGACCAAAAUAUGGACCUGGAAAAUACUUUUUUUUUCUUUUUUUUUUUUUUCAUUUUGUGUGUUUUAUUGUAAGAGUUGUUCUGUCUCAGAAAAGCGGGGCCUCAUUCGCGAAGCAUCGUCUGCCUUUAUCCUGUGAUUAUUUCAACCAGUCUGAUUAAAACUGUUUCAGUUACGACAGUCAAAUUACCUUAACUUUUUGCAGUGCCGAGAAUCCAUGUAAACAUUCGAUUUAUAGGUAUUCAAGCUUCUAAGUGUUUUUUAUUAAAUGACUCAGGCUUGGUGUAGAGAUGAGGCCCCUAGUGAGGAGUAAAUGUGAAAAUCACACACACAGACACUAAGUACUCAUUUAAAUCCACACUGAGCCACAGCAUCUACUGCUAUGAAGAACCCUCACUAACACACACACACACACACACACACACACACACACACACACACACACACACACACACAGUCCUGUAUGUACACAUCACAGCAGUGCAUUAGAUGCUGACUUUCCUCUGGACUGGAAGUCUGCUGAUGUAUGGCCUGAAGCUGCAGCCUACUGACUGACUGACUGACUGACUGACUGGUUUUUGACUGGCUCUCUUGUUAAAAUGCACACUAUUACAAUAAACACUAAAAUAAUGAACACAGCACUUGAUACUUCCUGUUUUAUUCACUCUGUUUUUUUUCUGACUGACCUCUGACUGUCUCGUCAGCCGACCCUUUCUGUCCUGUCUGAUCACAUUUGAGUAGAAUCGACCUCUGAGCCCUGAGGGCUGAGCAGGUAAACAAACGUGAUAAGUUGUAGUUUUUAGUCGUGUUCCUGAUCGGCACAUGAUGCUGAAUUUAUUAUAUAUUUAGUGUGUGGUUGCGUGGGAAUGAAUGUGUACGAGUGUGUGUGUGAGCGCCUGUCUUUGAAGACAGUUAAGUAUUAUUAUAAUGACCUGAAGUAGACCUGACAAAAUAUACUGUUAUCACUGGGUAGAGCAUUUAUAUAUUUGAUAUAUUGAAAAUAGAUUUAUGAAGUCCAGAAUGCACCAUUAGGAUUACAGGUUUCACCUUUCGUCUCAACUGCCAUUGGUCCAGGAGUGGGGGUGGGGCUAAGUGGAAUUAACUGUAUUGAAUGUAAAGUUAAUUGACACCACUUGUUGUUUAUCGGACAUCACUUCUUCCUGAGUAAAUCUGCUUUUUGUAUGAAUAUUCACAAUGAAUAAAUAAAGAA